AUGCAUAUCUUUUUCUGCCUCACAGUCGCCGCAUCAGCGGUGUCUCUCGCAUCUUGUCGGUCCAUCUCUGACAAUGUCGUUCUUCACGAGCAAGUGACUCAAGCUAUCGUUCAACGCGAGACAAAGCUGGGACGUCUCUCAACGGACACCAUUUUACCAGUCAGAGUCGCCCUGAGACAAAACAAACUCGAGGCAGGCGAAGAACAACUGCUCAAGAUAUCUGAUCCGGACUCGCCACAAUACGGACAGCAUUGGACACAAGAGCAGACUAUCGACUUCUUUAAGCCUGCAAACGCCACUGUCAAGGCUGUGACCGAAUGGUUGGUGGCUUCAGGAGUCAACAAGACUAGAAUCACGCAUACCGACAACAAGCAGUGGCUGGCGUUUGACGCCACGGUCAGCGACAUGGAAAGCCUGCUUCACACCAAGUACUACAAGUAUAAGCAGUCUUCUCAAAAAUACGCAGCUGGUUGCGAUGAGUAUUACCUACCCAAGGACUUGCAAGCACAUGUCGACUUCAUCAAACCUGCCAUCAUGCGCAGCUCGCUAGCGGCUCCUGGGAACAUGAUCCAAAAAAGAGACUCCGCAGCCAGGAACGUUGUUCACGCCGCUGGCACCAAACGCGACUCGAACUCGAUCGACCUGUCAGACUGCUACAACAUUGUGUCUCCUGCUUGUGUCAGAGCCUUGUAUGGUUUGCCAUUUCCAAACACAACGCAGACGGCCGAUAAUGCUACGUCUAUGGGUAUCUUCGAGACUGGCCAGACAUACUCCCAGGAGGAUCUCGAUGAGUUCUUCCAAUCAUAUGCCCCUUACAUCCCCAACGGGACUUCACCUGUCCCAGAAUCUGUCGAUGCGUACCCCAUUGUCUAUCCACAGAAGCUUAUCAUGUAUUCGGUCAACGAUGCGUACUAUACUGGACCAUCGAGCAACACCACUGGCUUCCUCGACACCUUUCUCGACGCAAUCGAUGGAAGCUUUUGUGCCUACAGCGCGUACGGUCAGACGGGAGACAGCUCAAUCGACCCCUCGUACCCUGAUCCGCAUUCUGGAGGCUACCGAGGACAGUUGAUGUGCGGCACUUAUCAGCCUCCUAAUGUCAUCUCCUUGUCCUACACAGAUACAGGAGUGGGUUUGCCAAUCAACUACCAGAAGCGUCAAUGCAAUGAGUACCUCAAGCUCGGACUCCAGGGAGUAUCCAUGUUCUUUGAUUCGGGCGACUUUGGUGUGUCUGGUGUACCCUCGGAUAUCGAUGGUGUCGGUCUGGAUGGUUGCCUCGGUCCGAAUCACACGGUCUUCAAUCCUCAAUUCCCAAACGGCUGUCCAUGGGUUACUGUGGUGGGAGGAACCGAGAUCGGGUACAUGAACAGUGUCUACGAGCCCGAACUCGCAGUCAGCAGCGGCGAGCCGUCUCUCUAUGGUCCUUUCUUUUGGUCCGGCGGCGGCUUCUCCAACGUGUUUCCGGCCCCCGGUUAUCAGAAACAUGCCAUCAAGACCUACUUCAAGAGGAAAGAUCCCGGCUACCCAUACUACGAGAAUGGAAUCGCAGGAUUUCACGGAGACACCGUCGGUGACGAUGGAGUUGACUAUAACAAGACAGAUGGACUGUACAAUCGCAACGGCCGUACUUAUCCCGAUGUUUCCGCGGUGGGAUCUGAUCUUGCCCAGGUCCAGAAUGGUUACAACAUCACCGGGAGUGGUACAAGUGCUUCAGCCCCGUUGUUCGCUGCGGUAAUCUCUAGGAUCAACGCAGAGCGUGUCCGUGCUAGCAAGAGUCCGCUUGGCCACAUCAAUCCGGCAAUCUACAAGCACCCGGAUAUGCUUAACGAUAUUGUAUCGGGCUGGGAUCCUGCUUGCGGUUCGAAUGGGUUCAACUGCACAGUGGGCUGGGAUCCUGUGACCGGGUAUGGAACGCCAAACUACCCCAAGAUGCUUGACUUCUUUAUGAAGUUACCAGCUGGUCGUAAUCACUCGAAUUAA